GCGUUAAAACACAGAGAGGAGGGGGGUGAAAUCAGAUAUAUUAAACUUUGUGGACGGUUUUCUGACAUAAACAACAUUUUAAAAUAGACUAUGUCGCCGAAACAUACAAUAUUUAUUAUGUGUGUGUGCGUGGAAUCCAAGUUGACCUAAAUAUUCAUGUUACCCCUCCUCAGUUUGUAAUGGUUCGCCCCGUUGCUAUGCUAGUGUGGACGAUCUCGGUGGUGAUGGAGAAGAUGCAGCUAGCUCUCUGGCCUGGGAAAAGCGAGAUUUUAAGGAUAUAAAACAUCUCCCUGCCACACCGAGACGAUACCGAACCAUGGCCGGGAUUAGACGAGCUACUGGGAAAUACCCUGGAGUGACCCCAGCUGUCAGUUGCUGCCGCCUGCGUCAGGUUCAGUCUCUGCUGAGCGAUGGAGAUACUUCCAGUUCUGAUGGCAUCCUGUGCUCUCUUGGAAUUGACAGCCGGUACAAUGAGGGCUGCACAGAGCUGGCAAAAUACCUCUUCUAUGGCCUCUACGGAAGAAGUCCAAUCAACAUGGAACAUUCCCUGGAGGGGUUCUCAGAAGAAAUGCUGGAUGACGUCAUCCUACUGAUCAAGGCCGAGUGUGUUCACCUCUACUGCAACCCAGUCAACUUUAACUACCUGCUGCCUUAUUUGUCUCACUGGAGGAACCUGCACCUCUACUGCAUGACUGAAAUUGAGUACCAAGAUGAAGAGGCGGCAGAGGAGUUCAAAAUCUCCAGUUUUGUCACAAUGGUGCAAGACUGCCAUCGCAUCGGUGUCCCCUACAGCUCCCUUGGACAUGUGCAAAAGUUUGAUAUCUUCAUGGUGGAAAAGUGGCCCCUUAUCCAAGCCUUCGCCCUGGAGGGCAUUGGUGGAGGAAGCUUUUUCACCCUGAAGUACAAGUUGUCGGACAUGAGCGAGCAACUGUGGCAGCUUUACAGCCGACUGGACUCUGUGUCUCUGGACCAGCUGCUGGCCCAGGAUUUGAGCAGCUUUGAGAGGCAGUGGAGCAGCUUCUUCUCCAGCAUGGACCUGGAGAGUCAUCUGUCCAUUUUGGAAUUGUCUGAGGCGCAGGCAGGAGAGGCCUUCCGUCUGUAUUACUCCCAUGGACUCAUCUCAAGCAACAUCACAGACAAAAAUAAAGAGAGGCAGCCCUUCGUUUUGUUUGGUGCACACUCGUCCUCAGAAGACAUGGACAGUUAUUCCUUCAACUUUCCGUCUGAGAGUCAUCAAGUUCGCAGCACAGGACCUGCAGGUGGUGCAGCCCGACACAUGAUUUUGCAAUGUGUUGCCCCCAGAGGAGCGUUAGCCUGCUGUCGGACCUAUUUCUUUGGAACCACACACACGCCGUACCUUGGGAGUUAUCACACAAAGCCAAAGAAAACCCAAGUCUUGCUGUUGUCCGGCAUUUACUCAGCUGCUGUUCAAGCCGUUCUUGCAGGAAUCAAAUGCUUCACCAGAACUUCCAGUGCCACCAAGGCUAAAGAUGUAGCAGAACACACCUUCUUGGCCACUUUGGACUCUUUGGAUUUAAGUGCAUACUGUAGUCUUCUCAAAUCCAGAUGUGAAUUCAUCAUUCAGGCAGCCAAUAAGCAGGGGCGGCUCCUACCUCUGACCGAUGCUGCAAGCCGCUUUGUCAUAAAAAACGCCUCCAUGACAGUCUGCAACAUCCCAGACCUGCAGGGGGGUGGGGACAACCUCGGCUCUGUGGUCUUCUCUGAAGCCUUCCUAGAAUCCAGCAUCAACAUUCAACACAAAGACGGCACGGUGUCCUCAGACAGCUGCUGCACCAUCCUUACUGCAAACGUGCCUCGGUACGCCUGCUGGAUGAUGGAACCUGAUGUCAAGCAGUCUGAACUGGCCCAGCAACUUACGAAGAAUGAGGAAGACUCUUGUCUGGGAUUUGCUUUAACCAUAGCAGACCCAGCGUACAUAUUGUCCAGCAGCCAUCUUUCAGCCCCUGAAGACGGUAAAAUCAGCUUCUUCUCUGGCGGGCUUCUGUUUGUCCAUUCUCAGUACGGAAGCAUCACUAUCUCCCAGGAACACAUCAGUACCAUUCGGUUCUAUGACCCGGACCCUAGUGCGGUGUUGUCCCUCUUUGUGGACUACAAGGCCAGCCUGCUCCCUCACCUGCCCUUCCCCCUCCACAGCCCCGACCAGUGCCUGGUCUUUGCCCUUCAGCCCAAGUCAAAGGGUUGCAGGUGCUUCUACUCCAAGGUUUUGCUAGAGUGGCCAAGUGCUGAAUCUGGACUCACCGUGCACUCGGUGGACCAGGACCAGCUGACGUGGAGUCACAAAAGCAUGCACAGUAGGCUGCAACAGCUGCAUGAUGGUCAGGAGCCCCCAGUGGCCAAACGCAGAGGCACCCUGAAGACAUUACACUCACAUCAGCCAGAGCAGGACAUGUUCCUGCAACACUUUUCCCUGAGCAGCAUCGACGAGGAGCCUAUACUGUUUGACCACCUGGGGGCACUCUUCCCUUCCGCAAAGCUGAGCAGGAACUCCAGCAGCCAGGGAGACACCAAGGUUGUCAUCACUGUUAUCAGCGGGCUACCAGGAAGCCACAAGGAGACGCUCUGCGACUUCCUGGUCCGGCUGAACAGAGAAUACGGAAGGUGGUUGGUGUAUCCACCGGCUGCUGACCCCUGCGACGUCUUCUCAGCCUCUCACCUGCAGGACUUUUUAUCUGACUUCUCAGAGAACCAUAAGAGGACCCUGGGAGGCAAGUGGCGCCUGUUGGUGCUCUCACCUGGAUACAUAGAUGUUCUAGAUGUUGUUCGGGCUGUGCUUUUCCACCCGGAUCCUGUUGUCCAGGCCUAUUUUACCAUCGGCGCUGUUACUGCCUGCGUUGAUCCACUGGCCUCCUGCAUGGAGCACAGGUUUGCCUUUCCUAAACUGUUGGAGCAGUGUAGCCAAGGUAUCGUAAGUGUGGUGGUGUUCACCGGGCCUGCGGCAGAGCAGACGCACCCCCUGGUGCAGCACAUUCAGCAGUUGGUACGCACCGCCAACCCCAGCGCAGCCUUCGUCCUGGCAGCGAGGGGAGCGGUCACCAGGAAUGAAGACGUCAAGCUAAUUUUGUCUGAGAGCAGCUUCAAUGGACCUCAGAUGCUGAGAGCACGUUAUGUCCUCUACCCAGGCUGGUGCACAGGGCGCUUCCUGUCUGGCUCUGGGUCUCUGGUCCUCGGCCAGCAUCGCGUGGCUUUCAGCCGGCCUCUUGAGAGGCCUCUAUUUCUGGUCCGCUGUAAAGCUCUCAAGGCAUCACUGAGGCCGAGCCCCUUCCGAGGGAAUGUCUACAAUCUUUCUGGAAAAGUCAGGUUUUCUGACUCUCAGCAUGUGAUGGAGGUGAGCUACAACACUGUGACCGGUAACCUCAUCAUCAUCCCGGAGCAGAGCGUCGACCCCUUGAUUCAAGCGGGCGUUCAAAGGAACGAUUCGCCGUGCUUCCUGGUCUUUGAUGGGGUCAGCCUGGCUGAGGACGGACUCAAGGACUGGCUCAGGCUGUGCACCAAGCAGAGACAGACCAAGAAGCCUCAAAAAACUGAAGCAACUCUUUCACCGCAAGAAAUCAAGAACAUUCACAUGAGCAGACACUUGGACCCACUGCCACCAGGAUUCUUCUACAACGGUUAUCAAUAUGUGGACAUCUUUGGAGAGAAAAGAAACAGUCAUCCCAACAUGGACGAGUUCAUCAAGGAGUACGUGGCUGAGGCCAACAAAGACAUCGAGCUGUUCAACCGCCAGCUGGAGCUGCAGGUGCAACCGGACCUGUUUGAUCCUUGAAGGAGAGCCACAUGUGGAAUCACGCCAUCUGUCGGUCUAAUUUAACGCCUUUGGGGAGGGGGGCCGGGGGGUCAGGGAGGGCACGGGGGUCACUGAGCACUUAACUACAAAUCCUUUCUUUCUGGUGCCAAGUGCAGGCGAGUUUCGGAUAUGUUGUGACGCGUGUUUGCACCAUGAAAGUCGUCCACUCCGCCACCACACCGGCAUGCCACGCAGCCAGACACGAUGUAAGGGAAUUUCCAUUCCAAUUUCCGACAACCCUGCUGCAGCUUGCGCCUUUGUGUUUAUCGCAUGUGGCAAGUUAAUGCCUCUAUUUCUGGCCCGACGUGAAUAGCCGUAUGAUUCCGGUGGGCUCCCUGGUGGGGUUUCUCAAGAAUUGUCGUCACCCAAUCUGCCGAGCACCUGUCUACUCGUCUGCGUGCCGCGCUCGGCUGCCGAGAUGUAAACACAGCACAAUCUGUGUGCUGUUGAGACAACAGUGCUACGCGCCAGCCCCACGUUUUAUUUUAAGACUUCCCGCCGUGAAUCUAAUGAAAGUGCAAUUAAGCAAACGCGGGUCCCCGCAGCAUCAUCUCAGAACAGCUGAGGCCGGUGUUGUGUCCACCAGAAUCUUCUCCUCUGUUACCAGGAAGAAAGCAGAUUUUAGAGAUAAACGCAAGCUAAGCCUUGCUGCACAUCACACAUCUAGCACUAGCACGUCUUCCUAUAGCAUUAGCAAUAAGAGCUAAGCUAAAGCUGGAUUUGUCUAACAAUCACUGAGGCAUUCCAUGUCGCUGUUAAAACACAAGACAGUUUACUGGCGCUUGUCAUAAAAACAAAACUGUGCCGUCACAGCCAAAACAUUGCUGAGUUUUGACCCCCUCCAAAAAUGUGACAUCGCCUCCCUCAUUUCAAACCGUGUUGUAGCACACAGUGUGGCAUGAAAGGUCCAUUUCAAAGGAACCCAAUUUGACCCUUGACCCCAGCUACCUGGUGUUGACAAUGAAGAGUUGCUGUCGCUUACGGUAGACCGAUGCUACGUUCAGGACGGCUGGGAAGUCGGACAUAUCCCACAUGCAGCUUACGGGGUCUGAACACCAAACAUAUCAGUCAGAUGUGAGCAAAAAACAUGGCUGACGACCAGGAUAAGCCAGUAUUUCUCAGCAAAAAACAAAUCAGUUUUGUAAAAUACGACAUCAAAUAAGAUAGUAAACAUGAUAUAUUGAUAUAGAUACAUCAGGGGUGUCCAAACCUUUUCCAGCAAGGACCACAUAGAGAAAAAUGUAACACGGGGGACCCUUUUGUACAUUAAAGAUGCUAAAAGCAAUACUGUGUAGUUCAAUACCCUCGCUACUUUAUGCUGCAAAUUUAAUGCUCUUUUGUAGUUGAAUUCAGCUUAUUAUUAAUAAUAAAAAACAGCAAAUGUUACGUAUUUUAUGCCUAAAUUGAGAAUUUUCAAAUAUAAACUAUGUGAUGAUCAUUAGGUGUCAGUAAUGUUACUGUAAUUAACAGGUACAAUAAUGCCUAACAGGAGCUACUGUUGCGGCCGUAACCGACGGCAGGCUAAAACUCAUCUCUGAAUCGCCGAGGUCACUUCCUCACUUGGCUACCGUCGGGACUUACAGCAACAUACACGACAACGUGAGUCUUAUUUUGUCUUAAAUGGCUUAUUUACUGUUAUUAUGCCGACUAUAUUUAGUAAUACAAGUGUAAAUAUGACUGUAGGGGUGUUAUUUCAUGUCUAGAAGACUCUAAUUUUUCUAAGCCGUUGGCCAAUAUUGAAGGAUUUGCACUGUGGACACCCCUGAUGUACACAAUAAUGAGCUUGCCAAGCAGGUGAAGUCAAUUGAGUUAUAUAUAUAUAUAUAUAUAUAUAUAUAUAUAU